CGGUGGCGGCGGCAGCGGUGGCGGCGGCGGCGCUCGCUCGGGGCAUGGUCCCCGGGUCCGAGGGCCCGGCCCGCGCCGGGGGCCUGGUGGCCGACGUGGUGUUCGUGAUCGAGGGCACCGCCAACCUGGGCCCGUACUUCGAGGGGCUCCGCAAGCACUACCUGCUGCCGGCCAUCGAGUACUUCAACGGCGGGCCGCCUGCAGAGACGGACUUUGGGGGAGACUAUGGGGGGACCCAGUACAGCCUCGUGGUGUUCAACACGGUGGACUGCGCGCCCGAGUCCUACGUCCAGUGCCACGCGCCCACCAGCAGCGCCUACGAGUUUGUCACCUGGCUCGAUGGCAUUAAGUUCAUGGGCGGGGGUGGCGAGAGCUGUAGUCUGAUCGCGGAGGGUCUCAGCACGGCCCUGCAGCUGUUCGAUGACUUCAAGAAGAUGCGGGAGCAGAUUGGGGAGACGCAUCGUGUCUGCCUCCUUAUCUGCAACUCGCCCCCCUACCUGCUGCCCGCUGUUGAGAGCACCACGUACUCGGGGUACACCACGGAGAGCCUCGUGCAGAAGAUCGGGGAGCAAGGCAUCCACUUCUCCAUCGUGUCUCCUCGGAAGCUGCCUGCCCUGCGGCUCCUGUUUGAGAAGGCGGCGCCCCCAGCUCUCCUGGACCCGCUACAGCCGCCCUCCGAUGUGAGCCAGGACCCUCGGCACAUGGUGCUGGUGCGAGGCCUGGUGCUGCCAGUUGGGGGUGGCUCGGGGCCCGGCCCCCUCCAGCAGAAGCAGCCUGUACCUCUGCCUCCGGCUGCACCCUCGGGUGCCUCGCUAGCUGCAGUGCCCCAGCAGCCUCUGCCGCCAGGCCCCCAGCCGUACCAGGUCCCCGGGAACCUGAGUGCUGCCCAGGUGGCCGCUCAGAACGCUGUGGAGGCCGCGAAGAACCAGAAGGCCGGGUUAGGACCCCGCUUCUCUCCAAUCAAUCCUCUCCAGCAAGCCACUCCAGGGGUGGGCCCCCCCUUCAGCCAAACGGCUGCUUCUCAGCUUCCCUCAGGACCCCCCGGGGCUCCCAAGCCAGCCCCUGCAUCUCAGCCAAGCCUGGUUUCCACCGUGGCCUCGGGCCCAGGCCUGGCACCCUCUGCACAGCCUGGGGCAGCGAGCAUGGCGGGCACCGUGGCCCCCGGAGGGGUGAGCGGCCCAACGGCAGCACAGCUCGGCGCCCCGGCCCUCAGCGGGCAGCAGUCCGUGACCAACAAGGUCCUGGCCUGGAGCGGGGUCCUCGAGUGGCAGGAGAAACCCAAGCCAGCCUCGGUAGACACCAACACCAAGCUCACGCGCUCGCUGCCCUGCCAGGUCUACGUGAACCCCGGCGAGAACCUGAAGACGGAGCAGUGGCCCCUGAAGCUGAUCAUGCAGCUGAUCCCCCAACAGCUGCUGACCACUCUGGGCCCUCUGUUUCGGAACUCGAGGAUGGUGCAGUUCCAUUUCACCAACAAGGAUCUGGAGUCCCUCAAAGGCCUCUACCGCAUCAUGGGCAGUGGUUUUGCGGGCUGCGUGCACUUCCCACACACAGCACCCUGUGAGGUGCGCGUGCUCAUGCUGCUCUACUCGUCCAAGAAGAAGAUCUUCAUGGGCCUCAUCCCCUACGACCAGAGCGGCUUUGUCAAUGGCAUCCGCCAGGUCAUCACCAACCACAAGCAGGUGCAGCAGCAGAAGCUGGAGCAGCAGCAGCAGCGCGGGAUGGGAGCACAGCAGGCCCCCCCAGGGCUGGGUCCUGUUCUGGAGGACCAGGCCAGACCCUCGCAGAACCUGCUCCAGCUCCGCCCACCUCAGCCCCAGCCUCAGGGCACUGUGGGGGCCUCUGCAGCCUCAGGACAGCCCCCACCUCAAGGUACUGCUCAGGCCCCCCCGGGUGGGCCACCAGGUCCUCCAGGAGCAGCCCCUGGGCCUCCUCCAGGACCCAUCCUGAGACCCCAGAAUCCUGGGGCCAACCCACAGCUGCGAAGUCUCCUCCUCAACCCACCACCGCCCCAGACUGGGGUGCCCCCACCCCAAGCCUCCCUCCACCACCUCCAACCGCCAGGGGCCCCCACACUUCUGCCUCCACCGCACCAGGGCCUGGGGCAACCCCAGCUGGGACCCCCCCUCCUGCACCCACCGCCUGCCCAGUCUUGGCCGGCUCAGCUUCCCCCCCGGGCUCCACUGCCAGUGCCUAAACGCAAGCGUGAGCGAGAGGGCGGCGUGUUCCGAGAAAAGUGGGAGCGAGCGUAUUUCUUUGUGGAGGUGAAGAGCGUGCCUACUUGUUUAAUAUGCAACAAAAUCGUGUCUGUGCUGAAAGAGUACAACCUGCGGCGCCACUACAAGUCCAAGCACAGCAAGAGCUACGACCAGUACACGGAGCAGACGCGGGACGCCAUCCUGGACCAACUGAAAAAGGGCCUCAAGUGCCAGUAGGGCCGCGCCUCAGAGCAGGUGCCAGAGUCAGGGCGCUGGAGCACCACGGGGAACUGGCCCCGGCAACCCUCUCCUGCACAUGGCGCGUUGUUUUGUUCUUUUUUGAGGAGCCCUAAGAGACUGAGGGGGUCAGACCCUCCGCUCUGGGCCGUCCAGGACACGGAAGAUCUGGUGGUGCUUUCUCAGCCCGCUGGCCAGUCUGCCGUGGCCUUUCCUGCUGCUGCUCACAGACUCUUGCUCCCCCAAAUAGCUUUAUUUAUUUGUUGGCUGAGAAUUGGGGUGUGACCGAAUGGCUGUGACGUGGGCCCAGGCCAGCCCGCCACUGGCAAUGCCCAAAUUUGCUGGACCGAGUGGCCCUUUUCUGGGCCCGAUUGUCCACGGGGCUUUGCCCAGCUGCGUGCAUUGGACCAUCUGUUCCCUGGGGCGCCAGGACUUGGGGGUCAAGAGUGGACCCGCCAUGGACACUGCACCGUGCCCGUCUGGACCCCCGACAGGCCAAUAGAUGGUGCCCUCGGUCUGAUGUAUUUCUCUAGACACCCUGUGACCCGGCCGACACCACCCACCUCCAGCACUGGGGAUACAAUCCUGAACCCCUCAGAACUGUCGCCAACUGUCCACUCCUUGCUCUCCCAGGACGCCAGAAGGGCCCCGAUUUCUCUGGUCGCCCCAGUCGAGGUCGUGACCCUCCUCAGCGCUCCCGCGUCUCCAGAUGGACAUUUUCCACAAACAGCAACUUGAAUGUAUGUUCCUGUCGGGAAUCCAGGAAAGCUGGUGGGCAGUGGCUGCUGCUGUGCUUGAUUUCCAGAAAUCACCGACAUCACCUGACUAUUCCAAGUAGAAGUGAAGGG